AUGGAUGAGUCUCCCCCACCUUCUCGACUUUCUCUUUGUACUCUGCCUCUGGAAUCGCGCCAGGCGAUCCUUGGGCAUCUCGACGAUCUACACGCCCUUAAAGCUGCGAUCCUCACGCACUCUUCCCUCUACUCUGCCUUCGUCAGCCAUCAGAAUGUUAUCGUGUAUCGCAUUCUCUCAAGCAUCAUACCAUCUGGACUGAUGAAUGAGGCAAUAUGUGUCUUGAAUGCAUCUGUUCUGGAAUCAGAGCCUUGGACGCGAGAGAGAGUCAUCUCGAUCAUUGAACAGUACAGAAAUCCCCAGCCCCCUAUGUCACUGAACUUGUCCGUCAGACAAGCCUUCCAAAUCCAAGAUCUACACCAUGACAUCGAAUUCUUCUCCUCGGAUUUCAUAUCCGCCGCUCAGUCAAUCAAAGGCACGGGAUGGGUACGCCCAGCAUCGUCCCUGGAAUGGUCCCGCAUUGUCAGGACCUUCUAUCGCUUCCAGAUUCACCGGCAUCUAUUCCGAAAACGAGAUCGGAGGCGCGCCAAAAACAAACCGUCUCCAGACUUUUCACGGCGUGAGCAAUGGAACAUCUGGUACAUCGACUGCCCAGUCUGGGAGCUAGAACAGCUUGCUUGUGUCAGCGAAUAUCUAUACCGCAAGAUCGCAAUCCGUAUGACUACUCUCUUCAUGUGA